AUGAGUAUUGAAAAACUUCGUCAAGACAUGAUAGACAUACAAAGAGAAAACGAAAACCUCAAAAAAAUAGCUUAUUUAAAAGCCAUAGAAGAACUGGAGCAGGUAAAAGCAGAAAACAAGCGUCUUCGCUCAGAGCUGCAAUUUCUCUCAAGCCCAACUCACAAGCAAGUCAUCUUAAAUUCAAAUCAAGAGCUAGACCCAACUCAAGAUUACAGAGGCAGAGCCUAUAGCAAAUCAUCUUUGGCUUCUCCUAUAGUAAAAUCUAAAUCUUCAAAGCUUUUGCCUUUAUUAGAGCAUUCCGAUUCAGCUUACAAGCUAGAACUCCCACCAAUUCAUUCCAAAACUUUAAAAAAUAGCGCUUCUUAUUCACCUCAGCCUCAAUUGUCGCCUUUAAUGAAAGACAAAAGAGCAAUUCUACAAGAAAGCAAAAGAAUUAUUAAGCCAAAACCAUCAAUAAAAUAUAUAUACCUAAUUAGGCCAAUCAGUGACAUUAUUUUUUUAAAAAAAUAUUAUAAAUUCAGCCUAAAAUGUAUAAUUCAACAACAAAUGAAGAAUUAGAAAAUGCAAAAUUAGCCAAAAUGAGAAGGGAAACUUUUAAACACAUUGCAGCUGAAAAAUUCAGUUUAGUAAAUAGGCAUUAUAAUAAUAUAGACCAGUACAAUAAAACCCCUGAAGAAGAUGUGGACUUUGAAAGAUAUGGAGACAUCAAUGGAAAUUUUGGAAGCCCCAACCAGAAAUUCAUAAAUAUUAUUGACAAAAAUGACCCAGAAAUAGCUGUGGAGAGGAAAAUAUAUGCGAAAAAAGACACCUUGAACUCUGACUCGCUAGAAAUGGAUUUUAGGGAUAAAAAAACUCAGAAAAGUGAAGAAAAUCCUGAGGAAAAGAAAACGCCUAGGAAAGAUGAGAUAGAGGUGAAGCCAGGAAAGGAAGGCAUUGAUAUGAGAAAAUAUGAUGAUUUAAUGAAAAAGGAUGAGAAAGCGCUGCAAGAAGCUAAAGAGCUUAUAAAAAAUAUAGAGUUAAGGCAAAAGCAGCAGCUUGAAAAUUUAAAAAUAAUAGAAGAUGACAAAAAAAGAAAGGAAGAGGCUGAUAAAACACAACAAAUAGUUGUGAAACCCAAAAAUAAUGCAAGGAGGAAAAACACUUAUAAAAUCCUUUAUGAGCAGACUUAA